AAGAGGACAUGCGGAGGGUGUGUGUGACAGAAGAGGAUGCUACAGAUAAGAUGAUAUGAAGUCUAAGUAAUGAAUUAUUUGGAAAAUAUUCUUUACGAUUUUAAAGUUCAGUUCAUUUACUUUUGGAGGAAGAUGAGUAAGUAAAAGUAAGUAAAUCAAUAAAUAAGAGUAAAUAAAAAAAAAAGCACAUGGAAUAAAUUAAAGUUAUGCAUGAACUAAAAUAAGUUUGACACCCCGGAUAUCGUAAACAGUUCCGAUUAAUCCUCCAAUCCAGACGGUGGCAGUAAAGCUCUUAAAAGCUGUUUACCAACUGCGGUUAAAGCAAAAUCGACGAACAAGAAAGCAUAAUCUCAGCUGCAACGAAAAGAUUUAAGUCUCUUGGUGUUGCGUGGGAUUAUACGACAGUAUUAAUAAUAAUUCGGCGCCGACAGAUUUCCUAGCUUAUUUUUUGUUUACUGACUGAACUUCUUCAAAAAGCAAAGUUUGGCUUGUAUGAAGUGAAACACCGGAUGCUUGCGUAAGUCAGUCAGCCAAUGUGCGUCACACAAAGCAUAGACCGCGUCCGUCCGUCCGUCCAUGUGAAGAAGCCAUGUUGGCGGAGCUUCUGACGGCGUGCCUUUAAAGAAACGCCAGAGUAAAGACGCUCUUCCAGGUGGGCUCGUAUCAGUAUCCAGGAAGUAUAGUACGACAUACCAAGAUGUCCUCGGACGAUUUUCAGACGAAGUAUGCCUCUUUCAUGGAGAGCAUGCUGAAGAGCGCUGUUGCAGAAACCACGAAACUUUACGAAACUAUGGUUGACGAGCUGAAAGCAGAAAUAUGCAGAAUCAAGAAGGAGAAUGAGGACCUCAGAACAAAAUGCAGCCAGUUUGAGAACGCGAAAAGCCAAUCGGGCAGUUAUCAAAGAGAAAAACAGCCUCUUCCUGGACAAAGCAACGACUCCGAGAAAUGCGACACAGCCGUGCAGUGUGAUAUUGUCUCCUUCCGCACAGUGUUGGUCGAGCAAUGUCAGCCACUGGGGCAGUCAUCAUUAAAAAACCAACAAAUGUUACAUGCUGGUGAGAGGAUUGGAUAUGGUUUGCAGGAGCAGGGAGGAAAUUCUCCGAUGACAUUUAUACUUGUCAAACAGGAGGAACCAUACAGUGAUACUUCUCUACAGUCCGAGUUGAAAGAAGAGGAAGUUGAGUCUGCAGUGGCCUCUGAACAAGCCCUUAGUAAUGUUUCAGGUUCUUUACACGUCUCUUUAAAUGGAACUGAAAAUGAAGGGAUGCUUAUUAACCAGGAAGAUUCAACAGAAGAAACUACAUCAACUCAAAAAGAUGAAGAGACCAGAAUGGUCCCGGAGGUAUCCUGUAUGGGAGAGAGUAGCCAUUCAGAGGGAGCGCAGAGCCAGACCACUGAUCCAGAACAUUCAAUAGUUAUUUCACUUGCUGCAAUGACGGACAAUAUCAAAAAAGAGUCUGAAGUUGAUCAGGAGACAUCAGAAGUAGAGACACAGGUUCCUCAGCAAUGUCAAAGAGAUGGUGAAACAGUAGAAAAUGAACAAACUGCUAUUACUGUACAGCCAUCUGCACAUGUGCACUGUGCAGAUGAACAGUUGGCAGGGUCCAUAUUGUUCAACAAAGAAGUUAUUUGCGAAGAAUUAAAAAACAGCUUGGCAGAAGAUGAAGCUACUUCCAAAACUAAUGUGUCAGUACGGCGUAGAAGAGGACGGCCACCAAAGAAAAUUAAACAAAAAGAAGCACUUGUGUCAUCAACUUUUGAUGCCUUAGAAGGCCAGGAACAGUUGAACACACCUUCAGAAAUAGUUGACAAAUCCACUGCAGUAGAUGCAGUGAAGAUUUCUGCUUCUGCAUCUCCAAGAUCAUCUGGGAUUCAGUCGAAAGAUACUUCAUCUACUGCCAAUCCAUCUGUACAAGAGAUGGCAAGCACUGAUUUGGAAAACAUGGACAAUAGAAAGGUUGGUUCUCUGCCUGCUUCAGUUUUGUCUUUGAGUAGCAGUUCUUCUGAAAAGCCAGUUGACCCUCAAACUCAGCAGCUUCCCACAGGUGUAGAAAAAAAGGCAGUUGAGGCUCCAUCCAUUGAAGCUUUAUCUGCAAAUAAAACAUGGAACUCUCCUCCAUUGGACUCACCACAACUGACACCCGGUCAGCACAAGGAGCGUCGCACUUCUGUAACACUUCAGGAUGCAAUGCUGCUAGUUGAAGCAAUGAAUCAGUCAACAAUGGGAAAUGUUAUCCCGUCUUCCGAAAAAAUUUCAUCACCUCUGACGCAUUGUGCUCCCUCUGUGGAUAUCAUACAAACGGUGGACAAAAUCCCAGUUAAACCACAGACACAGAAUCUUCCUGUAAAAUCUCAGUCUAGUGUAGAGGCCAAUGAAACCCUCAAAGCAUUUGUUAUACCACAACAACAGCAAGUUUUAUCAAAUGCUGCUACUCAAACUUUUGUCUUGCCAUCUUCCCACCCUGUAGCACCCAGAAAACUGACUAAAAUUAGGCCUAAAAUUAUAACUGUUGUGCCAAGAGUAGGACCAUCUCACAAUAUAGCAUCGUCUACAACAAAGCUUUCUUCUAUAGAGUCGAGGACUACACACAAUAGUUUAUUUGCAACUUCUGGAGUUGCAGGGUUACCUCUGGAAACGCCUCCACUUUUCUGUGUUCCUCAACAAACGAAUACUACCUCCAUGACAUUAGUCCCAGUUUCACAGUUGACUAAACCAUCAGCAAAUCAGCAUACAGGUGGCCCACCACACAAAAAAAUAACAAUCAUAGUUCCAAUACGGUUGGCAGCAGUGGCACCAAGUAAACAUCAGCCACAGACAAUAGUUGUGAAAGCAACGCAAGAGGCAGCAACUCCUCGUGAUGUUCCUGUCAUAGUGACAUCUGCACAGUCGACUACAGCUUCACAGGAGUUAAGUGUUUCAGCUUGCGAUGACACAGCAUUCUCUCAAAGUGAAAACACAACCGACAGCCCUGAAUCUCCUGAACAAACUGCCUCUGUUUCUGAAGUGAUAAGCACUCCUACAGAAACCAGUUUAGAACAGUCAGUUAAGAUAAUACCAGCAUCACAGCCGACUGUUGGUAGGAAGCUCACUCCAGUGGUCACAUUAACCAAACUUCCAUUUUCAAUAUCCCCCAACGAAACUGUUUUGGUAUCGAAACUGCGUUUAAAGGGAUUUUCUGAAGGUACUAUGCAAGAGAAGUCUUCAAAACCAGCAAUCUCAGAGAAGCUAGAGUCAUCUUCAAGCAGUAGCUUAGAUGUAACCGAAAUGCCUAGUCCUGUGACUCUAAAUACACCUCAGAAGUCAGAAGAGUCAAAUAAUCAUGAGCCGGCUCAACUGUCAUCUGAAACAUUCACUGUCAUGAGAGAGGCAACUGUCGAUGAAGAUGUGCAGCCAUCUACAUCAGCCACAUCUGUUGAACCCAUUCCUAAUUUGGACAGCAGUGACGUGCAGGAGAAUGAAUCUGCCAUCAUACAGCUUACCUCCAUGUCCAGAGAGGCAUCUGACCCUCACUUACAGAUGACUAAAGCACAGUUCUUGGCACAACUGGCAGUUUCACCGAUCGUUCAAGAUCCAGAAAAACAGGCCAACUCUGACUUUGCAAACGGUAAAGCUUCUUUGACGGAGAGAAGCUUACAGAAAAACUCCUUGGUCAUUCGACUGCGAAGUCAUCUGAAAACUCACUUGCAAGUUAAAAGAGCUGAAACAAGUCUGGAAGGGAAUUCAGAAAGUGAGAGUACCACUGUAAUCUCUAAGAAACUUGGAAUAGAGAAUGGCAAUCUUAAUGGUGAAAACUCAACUAAGGAAACCAGUCCCGUUUGCCUUGAAAGGAGAGAUGUGGUUAAAGAUAAUACCGCUCUAAUUAAUAAUGCCCUAUCUUCCAUCAGUCCUGUAAGAUCUGUACUGUGUAAUGGUGGUGAUUUACCCAAGACGACUGAUAAUGAGCCAACUUCUAUGACGAGCAGGGCUAACAGUGAUUCCACCACCAUGAGUCCUAAGGCGGACAGUACACAUAGAGAUGGUUUAGGCACAGAUAAUAAAAAAUCCACAUCUGUGAGUCCUAGAGAAGGAAAUUUAAAUGAAGAAAUUGCUAGUCCUGAAAAGACUUCAGUGACUCCUAGGAGGUCUUUGGGUAGGGAUAGUGCCUGUCCUAGAUAUAAAAAAUCCAGUUCUUUAAGUCCAAGGAGGUCGCCUUCAGGUAGAAAAGGUUUAAACUGUAACUCCAGUUCUUUGAGUUCUAGAAGUCCUAGCUCAACUAAAGAAAGUGGUAGCCCCAAAAUGAGUAAAAAUGAUACAACCCCUAGAAAUGAAAAAUCAAGUUCUGUAAGCCUUCUAAUGUCAACCAGAGGAAGCACUAGUCCUAAAAAGACUGACUUGCCUUCUGUUAGCCCAAGAACACCUAGUUUGAGGCAGUCUGGCAUCCGUAGGAGUUCACUUUUCAGCAAGGACGACUCAAGGACAAAAAGGAUUAAAAGGGAAUUAAGAUCUUUUGGUAUAACCACAGAUGGCGCUAUUACUAGAAGAAAUAAAGGUGAAACUUGUUCCCCAAGUGUCAAGUCCCCUACAAUAGCUAAAAAUGGCAUCAGUCCUACAAAGAAUGAGGAAUCUAUACCUGCUAAGAAGCCCAGACUAAUCCAAGAUGUUACUGGUCCUAAAAGGGGUUUUAAAGUUGUUAAUGCUAUGAAGUUAGCUAAAGCAGCAAAAGCUAAAAAAAUUGCUUCAAUGAAAAAGUCUAACAAAUCUAAAUUGGCAAAAAGUCGGUUAUCAGAGAGUCGGACCAACUGUGGGGUUGGGAAAAAAUGUAGAGCUAAAGUGUGGAUACCUCCUGUCAUGACAGAAAGUGAAAUGCCUCCAUCGGGGGAAAAGGAGUCAUCUUUGUUAAACGUAAAGACGGAGACAGGAUCUGAUAAUCAAAACCCCAGUGGCUCCCCUGAUUCGCCCCAACCCAAAUUUGUUACAUCACCAAUUGUAUCACCUCUACAGCCUUUGUCAGUCAUAGGUAGGCAUCUGCUAAGGAACCAGUGUGGGGAAUGUGGUCGAAUUCUCAGCAGCAGUGCUGCAUUGGAGAGCCACGUUAGUCUUCAUACUGGACACAGGCCCUUCUCAUGCACAUUCUGUGGGAAGAAUUUCCCAGACUCCAAGAGCUUUAAACGCCACGGCCGGGUGCACCGGAAUGGUCGGAUACAUAUCUGCCAGCAUUGCGGGAAAGGAUUUGUCUACCGCUUUGGCCUUACAAAACACAUCCAAAUGGUGCACGGCAAGAUAAGACCUUUCAUUUGCCAGGUUUGCAACAAAGGAUUCUUCACAAAACGAGAUGUAGAAGUACAUAUUAGGAUCCACACUGGAGAGAAACCAUUUCAAUGCACCCUCUGCGAAAGGAAAUUCAUAAGAAGAGUAGAACUGAAUGUGCAUUUGCGAUGGCAUAAUGGAGAGAAAAGACACUGGUGUCCAUUCUGCGGAAAAGGAUUUUUAGACUACAAUAACCUUAAAAGGCACAAAUACACCCAUACAGGGGAGAAACCACAUGCCUGUCCACACUGUCCAAAGAAAUUCACACAGACGGGUCACCUGAAAAAACAUGUUAAAAAUGUGCAUGGUGGUCGGUGAGAGGUGGACAUUUAAGAAACCAUGUUCAACUUGGAACAAUGGUGUGCUUUGACAUAGGAAAUAUAAGUUCUUGUAAUUCAGAAAAUGCAUGCUGUGGAGCGGGUUUUUUUUGUUUGUUUUUUGUUUUUUAUAAUGGAAUUUAUAUGCAGAUGGAGAAUUUACUUAUUUUGCCUUUUUGAGAUAAUUAUUUUGUAUCUUUGUAGAAUGGUUCGAGAGUUUGGGAAUUUGUACUCAUUUGUUGCUUUGUUGGAAAUCCAUCCAUCUGUCUUAAAGAACGGAAGCAACUUAACUAAAGCCAACAGAUGAACAUGCGUGCCACUUGGUACUGUUGAAAAUAAAAACAAUGCAAUGUGGACAGGCUCGACAAGUAAAUCUCCCCAAAAUCACAAAUUGUACUAAAAAAAAUGAUGCAACAUAAUGAUUAGUGACAGUUGUUCUUUAUACUAGCUACACUUUAGUUCCUCCUCACUAGCAAGCAGAUGAGGAAACUUUCCAGAGUGUUGAACUGUUAUUUUUAUUUUAUUUUUUUUAAAACAAUGUUUUGUAUGGCACUGUGUGCUCUUUGCAAAGUAGAGUGUAAUAUAGAUUGAGGUUUUUCAGUAAUAUACAUCUUUAAAUUGAAGUUGGUUUGUCUGGAUAUGCAGGUAUCUUUUUCUCAUACUUUUUGGUUCAAUAGGUGAUGUCACAAGAUGUGUGAGAGCAUAACCCCAGUUUGGCAUGGUAUUUCUUCCUGAAUGUUGUACCUGGGUUAGUUUAGGGAAAAUUGUUAAGGUAAAUUUGGCUUCAACUCAAGUAAGCCUUUGUGGCAUACAUAAUGCUUUUGUUUUGGACAUGGGCUUUUAGAGCUGUCAUCUUUUUCUCUCAUUUUUUUCUCAUUUCUCAGAUUGCCAUAAUACACUUGCAUUCGUUUUUAAAUAUUAUCAGCUGAACACAUUUAAAAACGGAUGAUUUAUUAAUUUUUUAAUUAGUUAUUUAUUGAUGUUGUUUUCAUAUUUACAGUUCCAAAAAUUGAAGCACUUGCCUAUUAUUAAUAAACAGAAGUAUUUGAUAAACUUUCCACAAUAACUCUGGAAAGCACAUCUUGUGACCAGUGUUGGAAUUUGGAUGUUGGAUUUUCAAAUAUGCACUAAGGUUAAAACGUGUCUUAAUUGAAUUGAGACUGAAAAUAUGAUCUAAUUUCCAUUACCCAUCUAUCAAUUUCUGUCAGUAUGUCACAUGUCAUUGCUGCUGUCUAAAUGGCAAUGGCAUCUAAUUGUAUUACUUGCACAGUAAUUAACCACCUCAUUCAGGGAGGACUAAAAGUGAAUCGUUUUUU